CGAGUGGCGGCGUUCGCAGCGGCGGCCGCGGUUGCUGCGGAGGGCAGUCGCCGGCUGGUCCCCCGGCGCUCGCGAGGAGGGCGCUCCGCUCCGCCUUCAUGCCUCCAGCCUGGCUGCCCUGAGCUGACCCCUCUCCUCGCCGGACAGCCAUGGGAGAUGGAGGGCUCCCCCUGGACGACAGCCCUCUCGGCCGAUCCAACUCCACGGCGGGUCCCGGCGCCGGCAACGCCUCCUCCGCGCCCUUCCCUCCCGGCGGCCCUCAGGAAGCCCUGUCCCAGCAGUGGGCGGUGGGCAUGAGUCUGCUGAUGUCCUUGAUGGUGCUGCUGAUCGUGGUGGGCAACGGGCUGGUGAUCGCGGCCAUCGGGCGCACGCAGCGGCUGCAGACCCUCACCAACGUCUUCAUCACCUCCCUGGCUUGCGCCGACUUGGUCAUGGGCUCGGUGGUGGUGCCCUUUGGCGCCACUCUGGUGGUGCGGGACAGGUGGCUGUGGGGCUCGUUCCUGUGUGAGUGCUGGACCUCGGUGGAUGUCCUGUGUGUGACGGCCAGCAUCGAAACCCUGUGCGUCAUCGCGAUCGACCGCUACCUGGCCAUCACUUCACCCUUCCGCUACCAGAGCCUCAUGACAAAGAGACGGGCCAAGGGCAUUGUCUGCACCGUCUGGGCCAUUUCCGCACUGGUAUCCUUCCUGCCCAUUAUGAUGCACUGGUGGAGAGACACGGGCCCGGAGGCUCUGAGAUGUUAUGACGACCCAGGCUGUUGCGACUUUGUCACCAACUGGGCCUAUGCCAUCGCCUCCUCGGUCAUCUCCUUCUACAUCCCCCUCUUUGUCAUGAUUUUUGUCUACAUAAGGGUCUACAGAGAAGCCAGGGCACAAAUGAAGAAAAUCGACAGGAGCGAGGGCCGGUUCUACAACAACCAUCACCAGCCACCGCCUCACCAGCACCUGCCCAUCUUGGGCAAUGGCCAAGUCAACAAAAAGAAAAGUUCCCGUGUCCUGGCUGUGAAGGAGCAUAAGGCCCUGAAGACUCUGGGCAUCAUCAUGGGCGUCUUUACUCUUUGCUGGUUGCCCUUUUUCUUGGUCAACGUGGUCAAGGUCUUCAACAGAGGCUUGGUACCAAACCAGCUCUUUGUCUUCUUCAACUGGUUGGGCUAUGCCAAUUCUGCCUUCAACCCCAUCAUCUACUGCAGGAGCCCGGAUUUCCGCAAGGCUUUCAAGAGGAUGCUGUGCUGUCCUAGGAAAGCAGACCGUAGGCUGCAUGCCAGUACUGGGGAGUUCUCUCCUUGCCCUGGGGGCUUCAUCAGUACCCUUGGAAAUACUCCUCAGUGCACACUUGGAGGGACAUGGUCUGAGUACAAUGGCGGUGGACAGGAUGCAAGUGACUCCAGCUUAGAGGAAAGGAACAGUAAAACCUCCUAUUCAGAAUCCAAGGUAUAAAGGCAGCCCAUGGGGGCGGAUCAAAAUAAUAGGAAAGCAAUAUUGCAGGUAAAGAAAGGGAGUCAAAGAAAUAAGCAGGGGGGCGUGUAUCCACCAGCAACUGGUUACCGGACAAAACUCCAAAUGGUCUGUCUUGUCUCAAAGGGCAGACAAUCUUACUUGCUCAAGAUCAAAAGCAGGUGAACUUGUACGCCGUGUACCUCUUCUGACGCAUCAGAAAUGAAUGCAAACAGAGAGCAACUAACCAUUGAACAAAAAGGGAUUAGAAGUCCAUGUCUCCAUAACGUUUGGAUUAUUAUUAUUUACACAGGGGAGCUAGGUGCUCGGUGUGCAGGAGAAAAAUGAGUUUGCAAAAGAAAAGUUUCAGAAAGACCUGAACUUGUGGCAGGCGCUUGGCUUGACAGUCUUUGUGAAAAGGUGGUUUGCCUCCCCUGAAAUGGAAAGAAACAGAACCAAGCCCUUAGUGGUUUGACAGAGCCGGGGAUCACCUUCUUUCACUGUUCUUACUCAUUCUAAGAUCUUCAGUAGCAGAAACUGUAGCCUGAUUAUUAUUUUUUUAAUGUACAAUGUGCUGGUCAUGUAUAUCCACUGAAGUCAGUGGAGAUUUCAGGCGUUCACCACCUUUGGAAGUGAUGCUAAAACUCUCUUUUAAUAAGCUAUUGGAAAGUAUAUACAGAUGAGUUUUACCAGGCAACCCUGAUCCUUAUGCUUGUUUAGCCAGAAGUGAGUGAGUUCAUUGGAACUUGUCCCCAAGUAAGUAUGCUCACCUAGCCUUAAUAACCUUAUGGCCUCACUACCCUUAACACCUAUUUGGGAAUGAUAAACCAGUAAUAUUGUAAAUGGACAUACUUCUGUUUUGAACUAAUCUCUCUCUUUUCAUCCCAGUGACUAUUUUUUCCUCUGGGAAUGCAUUUUUCUUGUCCUUUGAGACAACAUAAAUCAGGCUAAGGAACAUCUACCUCAAGCUGUGCAUAUCGUACAGGGGAAAUAUGUUUAUAUUAAACAGCUUAUUUAUGUAUUGUUAGGGAUUUUUUUUAUAGAGGCAGAAGCAUCCUCUUCUGGAGGCAGUUUGUUCACAUUGAAAGAUGAGCAGGGGAAAUUGACUAAGAGCACCCAAAAUGUUACUGCACAUUUGAAAAGAGAGGGGUUUUUUUGUUUGUUUUGCACAGUGUUAACAGUUGUAAAGAUUGAUGCACCUGCACACACCUGCACACACACACACUCCACAAGAAAACAAAGGUGUUUAAAAACCAUCAAAUUCCAACCCAAUUUCUGUUGCGGUCAAAUAUAUUUACGCUUAAUUUUUUUAAAAGCUUUUAAUAUUAUUUAACUGAAGUACUGAAUGUAUAUUCAUGCUAUGAAUCCUAAACAUUUUUAUUAGUUAUAUUUUUAUACCCAGGAGCCCAUGUGAAUCUGUUAGAACUUUAGCACUUCAUUGUCAUUCCUUACUUUCCCCUGUGUGUGAGUGUGUGUGCGUGCCUGUGUGCAUUUUAUAAUAUAUUUAUAUACUUCAGUGCAAUUUACUACUGUAUAAGUCAUUGGUCUAUGUGCAAUAAAUACCAC